CAUUUCCCCUUGCCGUUGCCAAGUCAAUUCAACCUUAAAACAUCUUCCCUUGUCUCCUUCUCAUACGGUGCUUCGUACUUCUGUACACCUACACCUUCACAUUCUAUGUACCUUCCAGUUCAUCAACUUGGAAACUUCAAUAUUUCGAACUUCAUAGUUUUCUCAGUUACACCAGCAGUAACGAUUGAACAUGGUGCGAUCCACGCUCGGAAAGAGAACUAGAAGUUCACAAAAUACUGAGGUCGUAGAUGUGCCUGCAAAAAGAACAAGAAGACAGACUCGCAACUCCGCCCACAACGAUGAGAACAUAGACCCGAAAGAAGCUGCUACAGAUAAUGAACUCGAUUGCGGCAUUGACGCGAUAAAUAUCAAGUCAUCUCCUUCCAAGCAAAUCCGCGACGUAGAGAUUCCUAAGCAAGUAGAAUACACACCGCUCACACCUUCUACGCCUCGCUUUCGAGAUGCUCUUUCCAAAGUACCCGUCACACCUCGUCAUCGGGUGAUGUCUGCCGGGAGAGUCUCCAAGCGACUCUUUCCCACGACACCACUCACGCCUACCGCAGUACAGACUGUCUAUCACCACGCUCGCCAACUCUUCUCCCGAAGUGCCGAUCCUGGCCAAUUAAUUGGACGAGACAACGAACGUGCACAACUUAAGGAGUUCUUGCAACGAUGUUCGAAGCCCGACCCCAGCGGAUGCAUCUACGUCAGCGGCCCCCCAGGAACGGGAAAGAGUGCGAUGGUGAACGAAGUCACCCAAGAGCUGGUCGAGCAGGGAACUGUGAAGAAAGUGUACAUCAACUGCAUGAGCAUAAAAUCAUCGAAGGAUCUCUACGGCACUUUGUUGGAUCAAAUCUGUGACGAGUCUGAUAUUCCCGAAGGCGACGCGGCGACAAUUGUCCAGAAGCUAUUCAUGCCACGCAAGAAAUCAACAGAUACCUAUAUGGUUGUUCUGGACGAGAUUGAUCACAUCCUUACAUUGGACUUGGAAAGUCUAUAUCAGCUAUUUGAAUGGUCUAUGCAGAAGUCAUCUCGUUUAGUCCUACUAGGCAUUGCGAACGCGCUCGAUCUAACGGAUCGAUUUCUCCCACGCCUGAAGUCUCGGAACCUGAAACCAGAGCUCCUGCCGUUUCUACCAUACUCGGCCGCGCAGAUCAAGACAAUCAUCACGGGUCGCCUGAAGAGCCUUGUACCCGAGGGUAGCCCUCUACCGUUUAUUCACCCUGCCGCCAUUGAGCUUUGUUCGAGAAAGGUAUCCAGCCAGACGGGUGAUUUGCGCAAGGCGUUCGAGAUAUGUCGGCGGGCCAUCGACCUUGUGGAGAUGGAAACGAAACAGAAGCAUGAGGCCGAGAUCAACGAGAAGAUACUCCUCGCCACGCCAUCGAAGAAACCUCUUGGAGAAAACGUGCACUUGUCGCCUAAGAAGUCGAACAGGGGCCCAUCGGCAAUGCUAGCCGAAUCUCUGAGAAGCUUGACGGUGGAGACGGCACCGCGCGUGAGCAUAGCCCAUCUCAACAAGAUCACCGCCGCGGCUUUCAGCAACGGGACGAAUCAGCGACUCAAGACUUUGAACUUGCAACAGAAGGCCGCGUUAUGUUCUCUGAUGGCUUUGGAGAAGCGGAAUAGAGCUGCCCGGACUAUGGCUGUCCCAUCUACACCGUCUAAGUCGCAGACUAUUGCUCCUAGUGUCAAGUUGCUAUACGAGACAUACUGUCUACUAUGCACUCGAGAGUCGGUUCUGCACCCGUUAUCCAGUUCGGAGUUCCGCGAGGUCAUAGGCAGUCUCGAGACCUUAUCAUUGGUCUCUGCCGUGGAUGGGAAGACGGGUUCUCUUGCGUUGUUGCAUACACCAAGCAGACGGGGAAAGAAGGGCGGAUUCGCAUCUGGUAUCGGAUUGGCGGACGAGAAGAGAGUGGCGAGCUGUGUGGGCGAGAAGGAACUGGAGCAGGCUGUGGAAGGACUCGGUGUUGAUAUUCUGAAGAGCAUUCUGAGCGGAGAGGCGUUGGAUUAAAUGGAUGGAUGGAUGGGUAUGGGCUUGUAUUAACAUGGCGUUGAAUU